UAACUAUAAUAAAUUGAUUUACUUUAUUAAGUUUUUAACAUGGAUCUACCGUUAACAAAAAGAAAACUACCAAAGCUCAAAGCCUGCAUGUCAAAGAAAAGUAUAGAAAACUUACAGAACAAAGAGUUGUUUAAUCUAGAAAAAUUUGAUGCGCAAGCGCUACGAAGGCGCAAGCGUCCUUUACACAAGUGCAUCAUACUGGAGCUGCAAGAAACAGGCUUCACGGACUCCUCGGACUACCUGCGCGAUCUCAUCGAGGACAACAUCCAGCUCCUCGAAUUUGACGAUAUCGGUAUCGUCGUAGAUCUCAGAAAAAAACAUGAUUAUUUGGAGCACAUUACCGCGAGCCUCAAAAGAGUCGAAAAAUACCGUGACGCAGACGAUAAGAAAAACGAGUCGAUGGAGCUAUUGAAGCUGGCUCUCUAUUUCGCUGAAAGGGAGAAGGGGAUAAUAUGGUUGGCGGAGAAGUUCUUCCUCUGCGCCAUCGCCGUCUCCAGCGACUACUUGCUCGAUGGCGGACAGCAGUACAACCGCUGCAACUGUCUCUACGCGAAGUUCCUGUUGGACAAAUGUAAGAACUUGACCCAAAAUUAUUCUGUUCCAGGUGUCGACCUUGAGCAGCCGUUUGCUAUUUUGACGGAAGUUCGAGACAGAACUAUCGGCAAGGACUGGCUACUAUUUGAGGCCUCCGAAGACGGUGACAAGGAUUUGCCGACCGAAACAAUCUUUAGUACAGCGGCGAUGGCGUUACACGGUGUACUGUUGAAUAAAGCGAAACUUUGCAGAAAUACUGACACGGCAAAGUCAGAAACGCUUGCCCGAUUAGCUGAAAGAAGAGCUAGAGAUGCCAAUGACACUUUGAAGACAGCUGAGGCGAUCGUAGAGAUGGGCAUCAGCCAGCUCAUGAUGAACAAUCUGAACAACGCUGAGAAGUCGUUCGGUCGAGCUCUGUCGACGUACACGGAGCAUAAUCACGUUGAGGGCAUGUGUAAGGCUUUGAUGCAUAUGGCAGCUGUCAAGCAAAGACUAGGGUACUUCGAUGAGGCUGCCAGUCUUCUCAUGGAGAUGGGGUCUUCGGCGAUGAACCACGGUCUUCGGAAGCAGCUGGGAAGGGCAUUGCACCUGCUGGGAGAGUUGCAGCUGAAGAGAGAACGACCGGACCUGGGCACGCAGUACCUCUACGAAGCCUUCCAAUGCCUGUUGGGAGCUGCUUUUCAAAAACCUGCGGAGUCACUGGAGCCUUGUCAGAAGGAGACUGAGGUGUAUGACCUGUACAGCAGCAGCGCCGCAGAAGCGUUCGCAGAAGAUGCUGAGCAGUCGAGACUUAUGAUGGCGGUGUCUGCUGGUCAGGAGCAUAUGGCAUCAUAUUUUAAAUUGAUUCAAGAAGCAAAUGAUUGUACGAUCGCCAAAGUGUUGGUGAUAGAAUGGAAGCUGUCCCACGCGGGAUGGUGGAAUGAAAGAGAGCACCACCAAGACAUUCCGUGCGCCUGUCCAAAACACCAAAGAUCUCCCCUGGAUGUGCUAAAGGCUAAAAAAGGUAAAGAAGGUGGUGCUGAGGAGUCCGAGGCCGUCGUGCUCGGCAGGACGGACACGACUAAUGACGUCACAAAACUGAUAAGUAGUAGACGGGUGUUGUAUGAACAGAAGAUUGAAAAACCUUAGUCACUUCAAUAAAAAAACUUCUUCCCAUUUAACACUUUUAUUUCUUAUAAAUAAUUUUCCAUACUUUAGUAUUCGAACACUAAAACACGAGUAUAUACAAUAGUAGGAUGCGAAUUUCUAAUUCCCGAUCCCUUUACAACGUUUUACUAAAAACAAAAUUACGAUAAUGAAAUAACAUUAUAAAGGUAUAAAUUAACAUCUUCUCCUCUUAUAAUUGUUAUUUAAAUUGUACAAUUAUAUUUGGUAUUAUAAAUUAGUAUUCCUACGAGUAGAACGAGUCUAAAGUUUUAAAGCAUUCGAGAACUACUUCCAGUUUAAAACGAUCGCCUGUUUUCAUACCGUCCUAGGAGGACGGUCCUCUUUUGAAAAUCAUUUUUAAAACUACAGUCGUUUGUAUAAGUCUUCAAUUAGCAUGCCUUGGCCAUCGAUUUGCGGGGCGCCAGUCGCACCUUGAAACCUUCCUCGCGUUU